AUGACGCGUGCAAAGGCAUUGCAAUCAUGCCAAGCUUGCAGGAAGACGAUUGAAGCGGAGGUGCUCCAAAGACGUGCCAGCUUGUUCCCUCAAUGCGUCUAUCCGGGGUUCCAGAGCCAGGAUCAAAACAUCCUAGUUGAUGUUUUCGAUAGACUCCGCCACUUGGAAGAAAAUCUGGAGGCAAAUAAGCGGGUUUCAUCUCAGGCUUCCUUGCGUCAGAAUACUGCUCAAUCAAUCCCCGGCACUCAGGGCAUGAAAACGCCCUUUCCAGCCGCCUUCUUCCUAGACAAUGACUCGUUUAGAGCCUUGGGAGCCAACUCUCUGUCAUGGGGUCUCGAUCAUUCGCUGCAACAAGGGGCUUCAAAUCUUCUCGGUGUAGAUCGGGCAGAAGCGUGCUCGAGAUAUUUCUCCUCCGUCCACCCAUGGCUUUCCUUCUUAAGCCAAAAGCGUCUGAAUAACGGGGACAAGGGAUCCUCAGCGGAUGUGGAUGGCUGUGAGCCACUUUUAAUCUUGUGCUUUGGGCUCCUCACAGAGGAGUUGGUAAAUCCACCACAGGGGUGCCCUCAAACAAGCAAGCUCUACUCAUCAAUAAGAGCAAGUGUGUCCGCGGCCGUAGACGGUGGUUGUGUAUCGCUGAGGUUAGUGCAAUCGCUCGUGCUCUUGUCUCUGUAUGAGCUAGGCCAUGCGAUCUACCCUACCGCGUAUCUCACUCUGGCCCAAGCUGCUCGCAUGGGCAUCUUGAUGGGGCUUCAAAGUAAGGCCAAGGCCUCGAGACUCUUCACUCCUGCAAAUUCAUGGACAUUGCGUGAAGAGCAACGGCGAACGUGGUGGGCCAUUUUAAUUCUCGACAGGUUCGCCAAUAUCGGCGCAGGAGGCCAAUCCCUUUGUGCACCUGAUCCCACCUCAACCGACCUGUUGCCGGUAAAUGAUACGUCUUGGGAUGCUGGACAAGUUGUUGCCAAUGAGCCGCUAUACACGACCGAAUUUUGCUGUGUGGCAAUGGUUAGCCCGCUUGCUCGAACGUGCCAGGCCGCACACAUGCUAGGCAAGAUAAUCCAACACGGCAGAGAUACCGAGGAUCCGGCUCACAGCCUGGCCGAGGCAUUGCAAAUCCACCGGGCCCUAUCUUCCCUCCUCAGAAACCUAGAGCUCAGGGAGGACCUUGAGUCCAACGUUUCUGCGCUAAGUCUUUGCUGUUCUGCUAUUUUCCUUCUCUAUGAUCGAUAUCAAGCCAACGACUCGGAUGAGAUGGUGCGGCUACCAGCUGAAACUGAGCUGCAACACCGCACACUUGAAAGCAUUCGAGACAUCGCUUCUAGCAGUGCGCCAAAAAUUGCACAAAUAAUCCGAGCUCAAGCAAAUCUAGUCAAGAGUCUGCUCAAUGGACCCUCUCUCUACCGUGCUGCUAACAUAUGUGCCUGGUUCAUCAGAGAGGAUCACGACCCAAUGAUGUAUGAGGCGCUAGACGCUAUUGUGGCUGGAUUAAGGGCCUUGCAAGCUCGUUGGCCAGUAGCCGGAGAGUACCUGAAUCUGCUUGACGCGGCUGGGGUUCUUGAGUUUGUGAAAACCGCAUCCAGACUCCACUAG